UGAGAUGAGGAACGAACAGGUUUCGGAUCUGAGGCCGUAUCUGCUCGAAUUCCUCAUAGAAUCUGCUCGUAUUCUGGAAGUGAUUCCGAUCGUCAAAUACACAGCGUUGUCCUUCUUCGCCGAUAGAUUUUACCCUUGCUUCGCCAGGUUUGAAGCAGGCGAUGACGUUGCGAACUGGCUUUUGCAACCUGUGAGAGAGAGCAAUUUGCAGUUAUUUGCACUUGUGUCUAUAUGGAUCUCAAGCAAAAUACACAAUUCUCGUCCCCUGUCCAUCAAGUCCUUGAAGUCUUUGGGAGACAAGGUUGUUAAGGAACAACAUUUUACAAAUCGAGAUUUCUUGGAAGCAGAGGUGGUUUUGAUGCAGGUCUUGCAUUUUGAUAUUGGUGUGGGAAAUAUUGCUUUUGUACUCCUUGAAGAACUUUUGGUUCAGCUUAAGGAAGUUGCAAGAGUUGGAGACCUUGUGAAUUUUGAAGCAUGCAUGGACAUUAUGGAUCUCCUUUAUGAAAAGGAGAAGAUGUCAAGUGGAUAUUGUUCUCCCUGUUCUCUUGCUGCUUCUACCUUGGUAGCUUCAUAUGUCAUUACGGUUCCAAAACAAAGGUGGGAGUUUCCUAUUCUUCCUUGGGUCAGGUUUGUAACAGGAUGCAAAGAACAGGAUAUUUUGGAAAUUGUCAGAGACAUUCUUGGGCAUAUGUUUUAUCCUUGGGAUUGGAAGUAACUACGGCCUGAAAACUUGUUAAGAUCGGUGUUGGGGCCAAUUCACCACAGCCCAGGUAAGCACUUUGCUUUGACAUGUGUCACCUGUGGGCUCUACCACACGGCUGUUCGAUUUUUUUUUUCUUUUUUCUUUUUUCGCGGGAA